AUGCCGGCAUCCCAGCUAGCUCCGACUUCGUUGGGCCAUGUCGCGGUAACUCGCGGCAGCGAGGUUGCGGUCACAGCGCGAUUCGAAGGACUUGCGAGCAAGGCCUGGCUCACCUGCAAGCUGUCUGUGCUUCUGCCCGUGGACGGUUUACCCAAGCAAGCAGUGGAUGAGCUCGUGUCGGCUCUGCAGCUGCAGCGUGCAGCCUAUCUUCUGGAAGAUGUUCCUCUGGAAUCCCUGGGGCACCCGCGCUUCGUCGACGCGGCUUCCGAGCGAAAGAUCUCUGGCCUCAGUGUUGGUCCACGAGGUCAGAGCGCCGUGGCGCUGCUGGGAGCGUCCGCAACGUCCGCAGGGCCGUCCGCCGGGCGGCCGCGCCUCUGCGCGGCGCUGACGAAGCCGAGCUUCCAGCGUCUCGGCCUCGAGGAGCCGCUGCCAGGCAGAUCGGACGAUGAAGUGACCGAGUGUGCUACUGCUCUGAGUGUGGAAUCUACUUUGGUGAUCAGUACAUCUACAGUGCCGCUGUUCUUGGGAGGUGCCGCGAAGCUCCAGGCAAAGCUCUUGUCAGGCAAGUGCCACGUCGUCGUGGACUUGCCCAUUUCCAAAACGAGGGCAAGGAGGGCAGCUAAAACGAAGGAACCGGCGACCAGCAGGUGGCAGGCUUUGACAGCGCCUUUGGGCGAGACCAUCUCUUUGCAGGUGACUUGCCUCAAGGCGCCAAAAGAACACCAGCACGGCUCUCGCCUGCCUGCUUCGAAGGCUUACUGCGACCGAGAGAUGGAGCCUCCCUACGACUUCGCACCCUUGCAGUCUGCAUCGUCCCGCAUCCAUUGCCAGAAGGCAAGCGGGAUUGCGUUGUCCAUCGGUUUUGGAGUCCGGGCCACUCGAUGCAUUUGCAGAAUGCGCAGGCCGCCUUUCGAGCGCUUGGUGCUGGAGCCUUGGCAGUGGAGCGAUCCCCAGGACCAGGCUGCUCGUUUCUCCGCAUCGUAUGGCCAAGCUUGUGAAGAUCUCCUCGAUUGGUUGGGCGGGCUACACCUCGAAAUAGACAUCCCAGAGGGAGAUCUUGGGCAGGUCUCCAAUCCUGGAAUGGACACUGAGGCACUUCUGUGGACUAUGGGCGAAAGUUUGCUGGGACCUUCCCAGAUACAGCAUGCUUUGCAAGUCUGCAAAAAUGCAUUUGCGAAGCAGGCAGAGUGGUUUUUGCUUUCAAUCUGGGGUGCAGAGGAUGCACCAAUCUCUCAUCAUGGUGGCGCACAUGGCUUUGAUACCACCGGAGCUCAUCACGCACAUCUUCUGUGCGUCCGUGGGAGGUCUGAGGAGCCAGAGGAUCCACGAGGCUUGCUGAUCGAGGGGGUGAAUGCCCUUGAUUCUGCCGCGUGA